UACUCGAAUGGAUGGUUGUUUUUUGUCACGUUAUGUUCUUCUUAAAUAUAAGGGAAAGAGUGAGAAAGAAAUUAACAUUUAACCAUUAUUGUUGAUCUGAAUGUUAUUUACAAAUAGAUAUCUUUCUUUAUAUCAUGAAAAUUUUCAUAGUGAAUCAAAUUUCUUAGUGACGUUACAUUUUGUGUAGUGUUGACGAUCAAAAAAGAAUUUCAUCGCACGUUGUAUAUUCUAUUAAAUAUAACAAUUACAAUUCUUUUCAUAAUAUUAUACAAUAAAAUUUCAAUUUAUUUAACGGGCGAUUUGGCUGAUUAUAAAUGGCAUUUCAAGGUAUCACUAUAGUAGUAAUUACAGUCGGUUUAGCAAGUUUAUUAUAUUAUUUUCUUGCCAAUAACGGAAGACAAGAACAAUCAUAUGGAUAUAGAAGUUCUGGAGGUCCCAAUGGACCAGAUAUUAGAAUGCCUCCUAAUUUUUUCACUGCCAAUUCACCAUCAAACAACGAACAACAAAAUCAGUAUCGGAAAAGACGAUCAAAGAAACCAUUUAAAGAUGUCUGUACCAUCUGCUUUCAAAAUGUUUCAGAUCAAGAUAAAGUACUUUUAUGUGGUCAUUGUUUUCAUGAAAAAUGUAUUGAAGAAUGGAGAACGCGAGGCCCAAUGGAAUCACGUAAUACUUGCCCUACCUGCAGGGAGAAGUAUCAAAUUAUCUAGUGAUAUAAAUGGAUAAUUCAUUUUUUAAUUGACACAAGAGUGUGAUUAUAAGUCAUAUUAUAAUUAUUAAUUUAGAAGAACAAAAAAGAUUGGUUGCUUAAAAAGCAACCGUUGUUCAAUCAUUUAAUGUUUUAAUAAUUGAGUAUAAAAUAUAUUUAAGAUUCUGUUCAAUGUUGAAUAAUGAGUAACAAAAUAUCUUGUGAUUACUAUAAAAUUUGUAUAAUAUAUAAUCUAAAAUUAUUGUUGAUAUCUUAUCAAACAGUAAGAUUUAAAAUAUUUUCUUAACUUCACUUUAUAUUAAAUUUUAUUCAUAAAAAUUAUAUUAAUAAUUAUUUAUGUUAAUAUUUAGUGAAGAUUGAAAGAUAUGUUUUUUCAUAUGCAUUAUAAUAAUGGCAGUUUCGUACAGAAUGAAUCACCUAAUACAGUGAAAAAUAUCUGAAUAUCUUUCAGUUUUAAAAAUAAGAACAAACAUUUCAAGUAAAAGAUAUUUUUCAUCAUCAUAUAAUGAAAAUUUUUUUCAACUGAAGAUUUUUAGAAAAAGUAAAAGUCAUUUUCAUUUUUCUUAAAUAAAAUCAUACAUUUGGAAACACUUACUGUUAAUCGUUAAGAUAGCGUAUUAUAAUAUAACAUAUAUUAUAACAUAAUUCAACAUAUUUACAUUGCACAAUUUUUUCUAUCUUUAAAAUUGUGAAAGAUGGCCAGAUAACUAGUAGCCUAUUUUAAGUGACUCACUCUAUAUCCAUUCUAAGAAAACGUAUAUAAUUAAUAUUUUUAAAUUUAUUGUCCUCUUAUGAAAAAUAUUUAUAAAAUUUACAUAAAAUUUUUAAUUGUUUUAUCUUUCUAAUUUUUAAGAUUUUUGUGAACUAUUAACUGUGAUCCUCUAAAAAAAUUAAUAUAAUUGGUAGUAAUAAAUUUAUUUAUAUUUUGAAAUUGUUAAAUGAUAAUAUUCGUGUUUAUUUAUAAAAGCAAUGUCGAUAUAUUUAAAAAAAAAAGAGAAAAUUUGUAUAUUAAUAUUUAUAUAAAAUACUAUUAUAUGUGAUUUGUUACUGUAUUAUAACAACAUUGAAAUUAUUUAAUUUUGUAAUUCUUAAUAUUUAAUUAAAAGAACAUUUCGUAUAAAAAAAACCUUAUAGCAAUUUUUAGAUCUUAUGAUCAUUAUUUUUUCAUUAUUUAAAUCCAAUUGUAACUUAAGAAAUUAAAUAAGCAAGUUCAAAACUUAUAUAAAAAUAAAUACAUCGAAAGAAAUUAGCCAAUGGGUAAAACCUUACCCGUGUAAGAAUGAAAGUAUGUGUGCAUAUGGAAUAUUAAAAAAGUUAUCAUUAGUCUACCAA